AUGUGGUCGCUAAAGAGUCUGAAAGACCGAGUGGACGCGGUGGUGGAGACGGUGGAGAUGAUCACCGACAUCGUGGAAGACGUGGCGGAGCAGGUGGAGAAGGUCGCCGACGAUAUCGGGAACGGCCUGCCGGAAGGCCGGCUGAAGGAGGUGCUGGAAAUGAUCGAAGAUGUCGCUGACAAGACCGAAAAGAGCGCUGAACUCGCCGGAGAUGUCAUUGAUAAGGUGAGCUCCAUUAAUUAA